AUGAUAAACGCAGUUCUGGUCUUUAACGGCCAGGGCCAACCAAGGCUGACCAAGUUCUAUACUCAGCUAGAAACUAGCAUCCAGCAGCGCCUCAUCUCCGAGAUCUUCACUCUAGUUUCGAACCGCCCCGACGGAGCAUGUAAUUUCCUCCCCCUACCCCCUCUGCUUGCCGCAUCCGGCACCUCGCAAUCCGCGUCCGAGCCUCACAACGACGUCCCCUCGCUCGUGACCUACCGCCACUACGCCACCCUCUACUUCAUCAUCAUAUCCACGUCGACCGAGUCGCCGCUAGCCCUGCUCGACCUGAUCCAGGUGUACGUCGAGUCGCUAGACAAGCUGUUCGAGAACGUCUGCGAGCUCGACCUCAUCUUCAACUUCGAGACCCUCCACGCCGCCCUGAGCGAGAUGAUCGUAGGCGGCGUCGUCAUCGAGACGAACCUGGACCGCAUAGUCGCCGGCGUGCGCGCCCAAGGCACCAUCGCAAAGCGCCCGGUCAACGAGUCUAGGGGCACGGGACUGGGCGCCGGGCUGGGUGUGGGAGGACAUUUCGUAUGGCCCGGCAGGUGA